AUGGAAACUCCGGUACUUGCUGGAGCUGACACAUCUUCAGCCCAUUUCCAGCAUAUAUUGUCUAGUCCUUGUGUUCUGCAUAAAUUGCCAAAUGGUAGUGAGGAUCCAAGGGGACUACAAGAAAUGCAAAACGGCAUAUCAAGAGUUGCGAAUUACAGCCUUCAAUUUGGUAAAUAUUCUGAGGCUACCGAAAGGCAUCUCCUACUGCACCAACGGCAACGCUACUGCCCCUCAACCAAAGCCACACUUAUUCCGGCAUUUCUUCCAGUUGCCGAACGGUAG